UAGUAAUUGCCAACAUUACGACUAAAGAAAAAUGAAGUACUCAACAUUCUGUUUUUGGUAUGUUUGCAAGAUAAUAUUUUUCUUUCUCUCAUUCAAUAUCCAAAUUUCAAUAGCUAAUCCUCAAGAAAACUUCCUUAAAUGCUUCUCACAAUAUAUUCCCACCAAUGUAACAAAUGCAAAACUCGUAUACACUCAACACGACCAAUUUUAUAUGUCUAUCCUAAAUUCGACCAUACAAAAUCUUAGAUUUACCUCUGAAACAACCCCAAAACCACUUGUUAUCAUCACUCCUUUAAAUGUCUCCCAUAUCCAAGGCACUAUUCUAUGCUCCAAGAAAGUUGGCUUGCAGAUUCGAACUCGAAGCGGUGGUCAUGAUGCUGAGGGCAUGUCCUACAUAUCUGAAGUCCCAUUUGUUAUAGUAGACUUGAGAAACAUGCAUUCGGUCAAAAUAGAUGUUCAUAGCCAAACUGCAUGGGUUGAAGCCGGAGCUACCCUUGGAGAAGUUUAUUAUUGGAUCAAUGAGAACAAUGAGAAUCUUAGUUUUCCUGCUGGGUACUGCCCUACUGUUGGCGCGGGUGGACACUUUAGUGGAGGAGGCUAUGGAGCAUUGAUGCGAAAUUAUGGCCUCGCGGCUGAUAAUAUCAUUGAUGCGCACUUAGUCAAUGUUGAUGGAAAAGUUUUAGAUCGAAAAUCCAUGGGGGAAGAUUUGUUUUGGGCUAUACGUGGUGGUGGAGGAGAAAACUUUGGAAUCAUUGCAGCGUGGAAAAUUAGACUUGUUGCUGUCCCAUCAAUGUCUACUAUAUUCAGUGUUAAAAAGAACAUGGAGAUACAUGAGCUUGUCAAGUUAGUUAACAAAUGGCAAAAUAUUGCUUACAUGUAUGAAAAAGAAUUAUUACUCUUUACUCACUUUAUAACCAGGAAUAUUACAGAUAAUCAAGGGAAGAAUAAGACAACAAUACACAGUUACUUCUCCUCCAUUUUCCAUGGUGGAGUGGAUAGUCUAGUCGACUUGAUGAACAAGAGCUUUCCUGAAUUGGGUAUUAAAAAAACAGAUUGCAAACAGUUGAGCUGGAUUGAUACUAUCAUCUUCUACAGUGGUGUUGUAAAUUACAACACAACUAAUUUUAAAAAAGAAAUUUUGCUUGAUAGAUCAGGUGGGCGGAAGGCGGCUUUCUCGAUUAAGUUAGACUAUGUUAAGAAACCGAUUCCAGAAACCGCAAUGGUCACAAUUUUGGAAAAAUUAUAUGAAGAAGAUGUAGGAGUUGGGAUGUUUGUGUUUUACCCUUAUGGUGGUAUAAUGGAUGAGAUUUCAGAAUCAGCAAUUCCAUUCCCUCAUCGAGCUGGAAUCAUGUAUGAAAUUUGGUACAUAGCUUCAUGGGAGAAGCAAGAAGAUAAUGAAAAGCAUAUAAACUGGAUUCGGAAUGUUUAUAAUUUCACGACUCCUUAUGUGUCCCAAAAUCCAAGAAUGGCGUAUCUCAAUUAUAGGGACCUUGAUUUAGGAAAAACUAAUUUCGAGAGUCCUAAUAAUUACACACAAGCACGUAUUUGGGGUGAAAAGUAUUUUGGUAAAAAUUUUAAUAGGUUAGUAAAAGUAAAAACCAAGGUUGAUCCCGAUAAUUUCUUUAGAAACGAACAAAGCAUCCCACCUCUUCCCCUACGUCAUCAUUAAUUAUCUUAAAUAGAUCUAUUUCUCUUAUCAAAUUAUUAGUCCUUAUAACAUAAAUAAUGUUGGGUUUUUGUGCCUUAACUAAAACUCUAUUUUAAUGUUAUCUUAAAUUUUCACUUAUCAAUAAAAGAAGAGAAUUAUUGUAUUGCAUUUUUAA